UCGCACCAACCGGUUGCAUGUGCUCCUCUGAUGUGCUCAAGUGCUCAAUGUGUUCUGCUGUGAUCUCUACAACAUAAUGGGCGAAUCAGUAAAAAAGCCUCUCUUUCGUGACAUUAAUGCUGAUGAUCCUGACCCUGAGACGACAGAAAUUGAGAGUCUGUGUUUGAACUGCGGUGAAAAUGGCAUCACUAGGCUGCUUCUUACGAAGAUUCCAUUCUACAAGGAAGUUGUUCUCAUGUCAUUUUACUGCGAGCACUGUGGAUUUAGCAACAAUGAAAUUCAACCUGGAGGUCAGAUCCAGGAAAAGGGUGUAAGAAUAACUCUAAAGAUUGCAUCAACAACUGACUUAAAUCGUCAAGUUGUCAAAUCAGAUUCAACUUCAGUUUGUGUACCUGAAGUUCAGCUUGAAAUUCCAGCUUUUUCUCAGAAAGGAGAGGUAACAACUAUCGAAGGAGUUUUGGACCGCAGUGUUCAGGGCCUUGAGCAGGAUCAAGUCGUUCGUAGGAAAGAACAUCCUGAAGCAGCAGCUCAAAUAGAUGAAUUCCUACAGAAACUUGUUAAAUUAAAAGAGUUAGAAACACCCUUUUCCAUGGUUUUUGAAGAUAUUAGUGGUAACACCUUUGUUCAGAAUCCUAAUGCACCACAAACAGAUCCUGGAGUCACCAUUACUCACUUCAAUCGCACUACAGAACAAAACCAUUCUUUAGGAUUGUAUAGUGAAGCUGAGGUCUCUGGGGAGGAAAAGACAACUUUGACUGAAGAUGGAAUUUUGCAACCCUUGAAAGAAGGUGAAUUUACUUUAGAGACAUUGCAAGGAGAAGUUCUUCAAUUUCCGACUAAUUGCCCUCGGUGUAGAGCUCCGUGCAUGACUAAUAUGAAAGUAACCAAUAUCCCCUAUUUUAAGGAAGUUGUGAUAAUGGCUACUAAUUGUGACACCUGUGGAGAAAGAACUAAUGAGGUCAAGAGUGGUGGAGGUAUUCAGCCUCAAGGUAUGAAAAUAGAAGUUAAAGUUCAUAGCAAGGAGGAUUUUUCAAGGGAUGUCCUAAAAUCUGACACCUGCUCUCUGUCAGUGCCUGAAUUAGAUGUGGAAGUAGGCCCUGCAGCUCUAGGGGGAAGAUUCUCUACUGUAGAAGGUAUACUUUCUGCUAUGAAGAACCAACUUUUAAGCUCUGAUGUGAUGUUAAGUGACAGUGCCGAUCCUGUGAUUCAAAAGAAAUUGCUUGAUUUUCACCAAAAAUUUCAAGACAUUUUAGAAGGGAAAGAAUCUGUUACAUUGGUGUUAGAUGACCCGGCAGGAAACAGCUAUGUACAGUCUCUCACAGCUCCAGAUCCUGACCCAGCACUGAGUGUAACUCACUAUGAUCGCACCUAUGAUCAGAAUGAAGAAUUAGGCCUGAAUGACAUGAUGGUGGAAAACUAUGAAACAAAGCAGUCAUGAAAAGGUGAUGUAGGUUAAGUUUUGUUUUGGUCUUAAAUUCUAAUUAAGGGGAAAAAAGAGGGUUUAUUAAAUCAACAAUUUUAUUGGA